GCACUUGAGGCAGGACCUUUCUUUCGUCCUCUUCACUUGCCAUGCAGCUCACUCUGCCGAAAGCGCUAAGUCAAGCCCCAAGGAUCGUGCUUUUACCGAUUCCAAAGAGGAUCGAUGGCGACCAACCAAUCAACGAUGAAACCCAACGUACAAGAACCGAACUGAAGUGAACCAAACCAGAAAUCGUUCUCGCUUCUGCACUGCACACCAGCGUUCCACUGAGAAAGUGAGUGAGAAUUGAGAAACAGAGAAUGGUGGCAUCCGGUGCUGCUCUGUGCCUCUCCGUUGUCCUGCUCCUCGCCGUUGUCUGCUGCCGCUCCGACGUCGACUUCACCUACCAGGGAUUCCAGCACGCGCCCAACCUGAGCCUGGACGGGUCGGCGUCGGUGCUGCGCGGCGGCGCGCUCCAGCUCACCAACGACAGCGAGCGCCUCGUCGGCCACGCCUUCUACGGCUUCCCCGUGGCCCUGGGCGCGCUCGAUGACAGCCACAGCGGCCUGCUCACGGUCUCCUCCUUCAGCACGGCCUUCGUCUUCGACAUCGUGACCGUCGGGACGGGCGGCGGCCACGGGCUGGCCUUCGUGGUGGCCCCGUCCAGGGCGCUCCCGGGCGCGUCGCCCGAGAUCUACCUCGGCGUCCUCGGGCCGACCACCAACGGCAAGGCCUCGAACCACGUCUUCGCCGUCGAGUUCGACACGGUCACCGACCUGGAGAUGAAUGAGACCAACGGCAACCACGUCGGCGUCGACGUCAACAGCCUCGUCUCGAACGUGUCCGAGCAGGCCGCGUACUACACCGCCGAGGACAACAAGGUGCCUGUGAAGCUGGAGAGCGCGCAGCAGAUCCAGGCGUGGAUAGACUACGACGGCGGUACCAGCUUGCUCAACGUGACCGUCGCCCCGGUGUCCGUCACUGACCGGCCGCAGCGGCCGCUCAUAUCGACAAAGCUUGACCUCCGGUCGGUCUUCAAGGAGAACAUGUACGUCGGCUUCUCUUCGGCGACCGGGAAGCUCGCGAGCUCGCACUACAUCCUAGCAUGGAGUUUCCGGACCAAUGGGCUCGCCCAGCCCAUUGAUCUCCGGCGGCUGCCAAAGGUCCCAAGACAGACAACGCCGGCUCCCAAGGUCCUCAUCAUCAAAUUCGCCGCCGUGGCUUGUGCAGGAACACUCACCUUCGUCGCCGCAGCGAUGGUUACUGCGCUGUGGCUCCGGCGUAGGGCGGCGCUGGCCGACAAGCUGGAGGACUGGGAGCUCGAGCACCCCCAGAGGAUUCCAUACAUCGAGCUCUACAAGGCGACCAAGGGGUUCAAGGAGAGCGGGCUUCUCGGGUCGGGUGGUUUCGGCCACGUGUACAAAGGUGUGCUCGGACGUCGUCGGUCCGGCGAGGAGGUGGCCAUCAAGCGGAUCUCCAGCGGCACCAAGCAAGGGAUGAGGGAGUUCGUGGCGGAGGUCUCGAGCCUCGGGCGGAUGCACCACCGUAACCUGGUGGAGCUGCGCGGGUGGUGCAAGCACGGCCAGGACCUGCUCCUCGUCUACGAGUUCAUGCCCAACGGCAGCCUCGACGAGCACCUGUUCGGCGGGGUGAAGGUGCUCACGUGGGCACAGCGGUUCAGCGUCAUCCGGGGCGUGGCGCGCGGCCUGCUCUACCUGCACGAGGAGUGGGAGCACGUGGUGGUGCACCGCGACGUGAAGGCCAACAACGUGCUGCUCGGCGCCGACAUGGGCGCGCGGCUCGGCGACUUCGGCCUGGCGCGCCUCUACGAGCACGGCGCGACCGCGGGCACCACGCGCGUGGCCGGCACCCUGGGGUACAUGGCCCCCGAGCUCACCGUCACCAGCCGCGCCACCACGGCAACCGACGUCUUCUCCUUCGGCGCGCUGCUGCUGGAGGUCGCGUGCGGGCGCCGGCCCGUCGAGCAAGGCGAGGAGGCGGACGUGAUCUUGGUGCGGUGGGUCCGGGACUGCGGGCUAGAAGGCGACCUGCUUCGGGCCGUGGAUCCGAGGCUGGACGGGUUGUACGACGCCGCGGAGGCGAAGCUGGUGCUGUGGCUGGGCAUGGUGUGCAGCCAGGGCCGGCCUGAGGCGAGGCCCAGCAUGAGGCAGGUCUGUCAGUUUCUCAACGGCGAGGAGGUGCUGCCGGAGGACGCGGUGCUCGUGUUCUCGGAUCCCGACUCGUCCGUGUUGCUUGGGUCCGUGCUCUCCUCCAUCACCUUCUCCUCCUCCUGUGGCACCAUGUCGGUAGGCUCGCUGCAAGGCGGUCGGUGAGCUAGCCAAUGCUAGAACCAGUACCCCCUCAGGCCUCGUUUGGUUAAAGGGAUUGGGGAGGUUUUGAGAGGAAAAUUUUCGGAAGGGCCAGAAACCCCACAGAUACUCGGACGCCCAUUUGAUAGGAGGGGUUUGCUUAGCCCAAUCCCCUCCGUUCCCCUUCAAUCUCUUCCUAUUCAUGUGUUUCAAAACCCUUCUCGGAGGACUAGUGGAAGCAAAACCCCGGGGAUUUGAGAGGAUUGGGUGAAACAAAGGGAUUCAUCCAAUCCGCUGAAAUCCAUCCCUCUCAAAACCUCCCCAAUCCCUCUUAACUAAACGAGGCCUCAAGGUUAACUGACUGGUCUAGAUGUCAUGCGCAUGCGCAAUUCGCACGGGAUGCGCAUGCAUUUGUUCUUUGUGUACGAGUAAGAGUAGAAUGCAUCGGAGGUCAUAAACCUAUAUCGUGUGUGUUAGCUAGAUCAGGUAAAUAUGAAAUUAAGGAAAAUAUAUAAUCUUUUUGGGCAUACAGUACA